AGCAAGCACUUGCUCCUGGCGCUGAUCCCAGCUGAGUUUCUCCUGUUGAUUUUGGGACCACAGAUGCUGCUGCUGAGGAGGUAUUUCCUGGCAUCCCUGCCUCCGCUACUGCCAGCAAAGGACCAGCCCCAAAGCGGGUGUCAGGAUGGGCCACGCCGUGAGAAGCCGAUGCUAGCAAGCGAGGUGUGAAGAGUUGGCCAGAAUGACCAACUCCUCCUCCACGUCCACCUCCUCCACCACCGGGGGCUCGCUGCUGCUGCUCUGCGAGGAAGAGGAGUCGUGGGCGGGCCGGCGCAUCCCCGUGUCGCUUCUGUACUCGGGCCUGGCCAUCGGGGGCACGCUGGCCAACGGCAUGGUCAUCUAUCUCGUGUCGUCCUUCCGAAAGCUGCAGACCACCAGCAACGCCUUCAUCGUGAACGGCUGCGCCGCGGACCUCAGCGUCUGCGCCCUCUGGAUGCCGCAGGAGGCGGUGCUCGGGCUCCUGCCCGCCGGCUCCGCGGAGCCCCCCGCCGACUGGGACGGCGCCGGCGGCAGCUACCGCCUGCUGCGGGGCGGGCUGCUAGGCCUGGGGCUCACCGUGUCCCUCCUGUCCCACUGCCUGGUGGCCCUGAACCGCUACCUGCUCAUCACCCGGGCGCCGGCCACCUACCAGGCGCUGUACCAGCGGCGCCACACGGCGGGCAUGCUGGCGCUCUCCUGGGCGCUCGCCCUGGGCCUCGUGCUGCUGCUGCCGCCCUGGGCGCCGCGGCCCGGCGCCGCCCCCCCGCGCGUCCACUACCCGGCGCUGCUGGCCGCCGCGGCGCUGCUGGCGCAGACGGCGCUGCUGCUGCACUGCUACCUGGGCAUCGUGCGCCGCGUGCGCGUCAGCGUCAAGCGGGUCAGCGUCCUCAACUUCCACCUGCUGCACCAGCUGCCCGGCUGCGCCGCCGCCGCCGCCGCCUUCCCGGGCGCCCCGCACGCGCCGGGCCCGGGCGGUGCCGCGCACCCGGCGCAGGCCCAGCCCCUGCCGCCCGCGCUGCAGCCGCGGCGGGCGCAGCGGCGUCUCAGCGGCCUGUCGGUGCUUCUGCUCUGCUGCGUCUUCCUGCUGGCCACGCAGCCGCUGGUGUGGGUGAGCCUGGCCAGCGGCCUCUCGCUGCCCGUGCCCUGGGGCGUGCAGGCGGCCAGCUGGCUCCUGUGCUGCGCCCUGUCCGCGCUCAACCCGCUGCUCUACACGUGGAGGAACGAGGAGUUCCGCCGCUCCGUGCGCUCCGUCCUGCCCGGCGUCGGCGACGCGGCGGCGGCCGCCGCUGCCGCCACGGCCGUCCCCGCGGUGUCCCAGGCGCAGCUGGGCACCCGCGCCGCCGGCCAGCACUGGUGA